AUGGCGAGCAAACUGCAAAGGGUGGGGUGGGUGAUGGUCACCCCUUGUUUGGACCAGCCUGGCACCCGAUCCGGCUGCCAUUUCGCUCACAACAACUCUUUGAGAUUCCCUCCAAAAGACUCCUCCUCCUCCUUUGACGACAUCGCCAUAUUCUCUCUCUCUCUCUCUCUCUCUCUCUCUUUCAUGUGGUGGUUGUACUUUUCCUUUGUGUCUUUGCUCUUUCCUUCUCUCUCUCUCUCUCUCUCUCUCUCUCUUUCUUUCUCUCUCUCUCUCUCUCUGAAUCUCUCUCUGAAUCUAUCUCUCUCUCUCUCUGAAUCUCUCUCUGAAUCUCUCUCUGAAUCUCUCUCUGAAUCUCUCUCUGAAUCUCUCUCUGAAUCUCUCUCUAAAUCUCUCUCUGAAUCUCUCUCUGAAUCUCUCUCUAAAUAUCUCUCUGAAUCUCUCUCUCUCUGA